UCCUGGGGCCCCAAAGACAGUUUGUCCCACGGGAGGGGCUUCCUCCGACCCCUGGCUACCAUGCGGUCCGGGUGGACCCGGCAGAGAUUCAUUCUGACCCUGGCCUUGACCUUGGUCCUAGUCCUGACCGUGACCCUGGUUCUAGUCUCCGUCUUGGCCCUAGAGGGACCCAAACAGGAACCGGGGCCGGGCCGGGGUGGCCGGGGCCGCUACUUAGUACCCAUCUAUGUCAGCAGUUGGGCUGUGCUGUUGCCAGGGGGCAGCCAGGAGGCCGAGCGCUUGGCACGCAAGUUCGGCUUUGUCAACCUGGGGCAGGUCAUCCAGGGCCAGCAUUAUUACCACUUCCGGCACCGGGGUGUGUCUUCAAGAGCCCUUAGCCAACACUGGGGCCACAGCCUGAGGCUGAAGAAAGACCCUAAGGUCCACUGGUUUGAGCAGCAAACACUGAAGCGCCGAGUAAAGAGAGAAAAUUUUGUGCUACCUAACGACCCCUGGUUCUCCAAACAGUGGUAUAUGAACAAGCAAGUCAAACCUGACCUGAACAUCGUGGAGGCUUGGAAAAAAGGUUACACAGGCCAGGGGGUUGUGGUGUCCAUCCUGGAUGACGGCAUAGAGAAGGACCACCCUGAUCUGCAGGCUAACUUUGACCACCUGGCCAGUUAUGACUUCAAUGACAAUGACCCUGACCCACAGCCGCGAUACACUCCUAUGGAUGAGAAUCGGCAUGGGACCCGCUGUGCUGGAGAAGUGGCGGCUGUUGCCAACAACAGGGUCUGUGGAACAGGCGUGGCUUACAAGGCCAAGAUUGGAGGUGUGAGGAUGCUGGAUGGCUCCAUUACUGACAUUGUAGAGGCCCAGUCCCUGAGCCUUCAGCCCCAACACAUCCACAUCUACAGUGCCAGCUGGGGUCCUGAGGAUGAUGGGCGCACAGUGGAUGGCCCAGGGGUGCUGACUCAAGAGGCCUUCUCCCAGGGGGUCAACACUGGUCGAAGCAAUCUGGGCACGCUGUUUGUCUGGGCCUCGGGCAAUGGCGGCUUGCACUUUGACAACUGUAACUGUGACGGUUACACCAACAGCAUCCACACACUGUCCGUGGGCAGCACCACCCAGCACGGCCUGGUGCCCUGGUACAGCGAGGCUUGCGCCUCCACCCUCACCACCACCUUCAGCAGCGGCCUCACCAACGACGGGCAGAUUGUGACCACAGACCUGCACCACAAGUGCACAGAUAAGCACACGGGGACAUCAGCCUCUGCGCCACUGGCCGCCGGCAUGAUCGCACUUGCCCUGGAAGCCAACCCAUUCCUUACCUGGCGGGACAUGCAACAUCUAGUAGUGAGGGCUUCCAAGCCAGCUCAACUGCAGGCUGAGGACUGGGCCACCAAUGGAGUAGGACGCAAAGUAAGCCACCACUAUGGCUAUGGGUUGCUGGAUGGUGGGCUUUUGGUGGACUUGGCCAAGAAAUGGACUAUGACUCGACCCCAACUGAAAUGUUCUGUCAAGAUCAUCAACACACCCAUCUCUAUCAAAUCAAGGAUGCAUGUGAGCCGAAACGUGUCAGCCUGCGGAGGGAAAGAUCCUUACAUCCGCUCACUGGAGCAUGUCCAGGUACAGCUGUCCCUCACCUACAGUCGCCGAGGGGACUUGGAGAUAACACUCACCAGCCCCAUGGGCACACAUUCCACGCUAGUGGCAGUCAGGCCCUUCGACAUCAGCAGCCGGGGUUAUAAGAAUUGGAUCUUCAUGUCCACACACUUCUGGGAUGAGAAGCCUCAGGGUGUUUGGACACUGACCCUGGAGAACAAAGGCUAUUUCUAUAACUUUGGGACCCUGCAGAGCUACACGCUGAUUCUGUACGGCACCGAGGAGGACACGUUGGCCCGGACGCUGGGCACGCUGGUGACCAGUGAGUGCUUGCGACAAGACGCCAUGGGGCUGUGCCAAGAGUGUACCAGCCCCUACUACAUCCUGGGCCGCCUCUGCCUGUCCUACUGCCCGCCCCGAUAUUUCAACCAGACUCGCCAGGGCCCGACCCCUGAAAUUGGGCAUCCGGCCUCCAAGGUCCGGAUCUGUGCCAGCUGUCACCCUUCCUGCUACACCUGCCAAGGCCAUUCGGCCCAUGCCUGCACAGCUUGCCCUCCCCACUACGCCCUGGACGAGCGGACCCAUUCCUGCUCCCCCCUGCCAGCCGCCUCCUUCCGCUCGCCGUCGCUGGCCCAGCUCGCCAGCACUCUGCCCCCGGCCCAGCCCGAGCAGCUGAAGAAGAAGAUGGUGGUGAUCAUAGUCAUGGUCUGCGGGACUCCCCUUUUCUUCUGCACUGUCUACUUCAGCUACUACGUGCUGUGGAGGAGCCUGGAUAGCCGCCACCGCCACUGCUGCCACGCCGGGGCCGACUCCGGGCCCGGCCCGGCCUACCUGCCCUCCUGGACCACCAGCCCGGGCGCGGCUGCAUCCUCAGACCCCGACACCGACAGCUCCUCCCCUGGCUAGCCCUCCCAGCUGCUCCGGAGCCAGAACACAGAGCGUCUGUGAUGCAGGGGCCUGGGUCCUCUGCCUGUGAUCCCCCGGGCCCUCAUAUCUGGAUUUCUUGGGCUGAUGAACCUGCUGAGCUCCUUUCUGCCUGGGCUCCAGGAGUUCCCCUGCCAUUUGGGAGCCAAAGUGGGAUUGUCCUUGGCUUGAGUUCUCCUUCUCUGGCGUGGGGGAGGAGAAGGGAGGGGAAUUCACAGGAAUUUGGGCACUGGGGGCCCAAUUUGAGGGCCGAGAGUUGGCUUCCAUAUUUCCUAAUAAAAGUUAACACAAA